GAAGAGUUGCAUGGAAAGCGGCUCGGGUUUGUAGUAGCUUCAUGUUAUGCAGAGCUAUCCCGUGUAUUUUGAGAUUAUUUUGAGCUGUUUAUUUAACAUUAUUUAGCUGACUUGGUCAACUUAGCUGAAACUACUGUUUUCCACCAUCCACCAACACUUUGGUGUUCCUGAAUCUGCCUCUCCUGCUAGCUACCUUCCUCUCUGUGCCAGGAUGCGCCUCAUUGUCCUGGCAUGCAGUCUGUCAGUGGCAGCCAUGGGGCAGCAGGUAGAAGACGACUGGAUAGACCCUUAUGAUAUGCUCAACUACGACCAAAGCACCAAAACGAUGAGGAAACCUGCAGAGCCAACAAACUACAUCAAUGUGCCAACCAAAAGAAGAGAGCAUACUCAGGACCACAGCCAGCAGACACCGUGUGACCAGAAAGUAGAGUCUCUACAGAAGCGGAUUGAAGAACAAGAGAAGAAGAUCAAGCUCGCCUCACAGCAGCCUACAUGCACUCCAGUGUUCAGGCGAUUCCUGAGCAGACUCCUGAAGGAAAUACAAAGAGUCGGUGCGCCCACUGACUCCACAGACGCCUUCUAUGAUGCCAAAAUCAAGCUGUCCAGACAAUCCAUGACUGAGAUUGAGAUGAUUCUGGAGGGUGAGGAGAGCUGUAGAACAGGGGCCGUGGACAAUGCCAUCAGUCACAUACUGGUGGAUCUCAGACCACAUGAUUAUGAGGCAUGGAAGUGGCGUUUUGAAGACACCUUCGGCGUGGAGCUUGACGUCGUGUUGAAAGUCGGGCUGUUUGUUCUGAUCAUAGUGACCAUCAUAUGCACUGAGCUAUGGUCAAAGGCGUCCUGGUUCUUGCAGUUUGGCAGACUGUUUCCUGCGUGCUUCUUCAUCAGUAUUAUCUGGAACUGGUUCUACUUGUACAAGACUGCCUUUGCUGAACACCAAAACAAAAUGGUGCAGAUGGAUGACAUUGGUGAAAAAUGCAGUGGAUUGAAAAAAUUUGAUUGGACUGAUAACUUGAAGGAGUUUUUUAGAAGCACUGUUACUCUUAAAGAUGAUCCUUGUAAGAAAUACUAUGAAGCCAUCUUUGUCAACCCGAUCCUGUUGGUACCUCCAACCAAGGCUCUCUCGGUUACCAUCGUAACCUUCCUCACUGAGCCGCUGAAGCACAUUGGUGAGGGAAUCAGUGAUUUUCUUCGAGCCCUCCUCAAAGAUCUACCAGUUACCUGGCAGAUCCCAGUUUUCUUCACAAUAAUGCUCAUGCUUGUGGUAUUCAUGUACGGCAGUGUGCAGGCAGCCUUCCAAUAUGGCAUCAUGGCUCCUUUCCGCCGCCCUCAAAGGGAUCCACCGCCUCCACAGCUGCAGCAACCGAAUCUUCAGGCGAUCGAGGAUUGUAACCAACUCGAAGCAGGGGACGCACCACAGCAGUUGCCGAGGCCCAGAGUCAUUGGUGACCGAUUAAACAGGAACCGGGUUCGUCAGAGGCGGCCCAACAGAUCCAGGGAGCAGCCGGCCAAGGUGGUUGUAGAGACACUGCACACUGCUGAGGCUCCUUACAGUGCAGAUGAGACAGAUGCUCAGCAGUUGGAGGCGGAGCAAAAUCUCUCAGCUGAGUCAGCAGAAGCAAGCGUUGAUGCAAACACAGACCAGUCACAGACUAAACCCACUGAAUCAGAUUCAUCUCAAUCAGAGACUAAACUUCCGAAAGAAAAGGAAACCCUUUCUAAAGAUGACUCCAGCAGAGACUGUGCAGAACCCCAGUCUCAGCCAGCAGAGAGGCAGACAGACGUUCAGGACCCGCCAGCCUCAGCAGAAGACAGGACAGAGGUGGAAACUGUCGGAGUUCCCGUUCAGGAAUCAUCUCCAGUUUUGGGGGAGUAGACGACUACAUCUGUCAGAGCAGGAAGAACAGCCUCAUCUGUGUGUGUUGCUUUUUGUUGGACUAUGGAGACAAUGAUUCCUCAGAUAGUUAAUGAUCAGGUAGUUAAAAGUGUUUCCAGCUAGCGUUAUCUUGCUGCUGUGCGGUAAUUCGCUACUGUUUUGUUUUCUCUCUGAUUUUCAGCUCAGUCAGCUGGGCCAGGCUAAAACAGGUUUCAGUGAAACUGGAAAUGUGUAUUUGAAAAACAGCAUUGUUUACCUGAUUUGGUGUGUACUGACCAUGGGUAAGAAUCAUGGGCUUAUAAACUAGGUCUGUCUAGUUUUACUUACUACAACACUGAGUGAGGCUUUGAAUUUUAAAUGAAAUAUACAUUUGGAUUUUGUAAUUUUAUAAGGGAUGAAAAACAUUUUAUUGAUUAUGUUUUUUUUUGCACUGAAAUAUUUUUGUAGCUAUUAGUGGUUUGUAUGUUGAAGCCUGGUUGUAUUGAUGCUAAAGUCAGUCCUGAACAACAGUGUCACUUCUUGUGUACAAAGCUUGGCAGGAUUGCUGACAUCAUUGUUUUGGCACAGUGGAAAGAGGGAGUAAUCAGUGAAUUUCAUUAAAUUCAUAAACUGAUCUUUACAUGAUAUAAUCAUGGAUUUGAAGUUCUGAAUCAAUAAAGCGAAGUAUGAAGAUUCUGUCACAAAAUUGCUGACAUAUGAAAAUAAUGGAUUUACGUUGGUGUUUUUCCUUCAUCCAGUGGAUAGAAACAUGACUUCAGAUGAAUGUGAUGUUGCUUCAUGCCUGCUGGAUGUAUAAACUGUUUGCAAAGAGUGUUUGCUAUAUCAACUUUAAAAAGUUGACAUAAGCAACCUCUUCAACCAAAAAUACCUCACCAUGUACUUCUUUUCACGGUUCCUUCAGCCUGUUUUACUUUUUUUACUAUUUUUUGCACACAUCUAUACAAUAGCAUUGACUGCUGAGGUUUGUUCGUCCACCUACUGUAGACUUUCUCCUGUAACACCAUGAUGAUGUGCUGAAGCAGCAUGAAGUAAAAUACUAACUGG